AUGCGAAUCACUCGAUCAACUAGUCGAGCACAAUCUCCAAAAAGUUAUCACAUCAAUGAGGCUUGUCUUCAGCUCACUUCUACUCACAAGUACCUUGGUGUUAACAUUGCAUCUAAUUUAUCAUGGGGUGCUCACGUUAAUGAUGUCACUUCCAAGGUGCCUCCUUCUUUUUCAUCUAACCCGUGUACGUUCAAUCUCCUUGCAAACUUUUCAACCACUUUAACAUGCGAUACUUGGAGCUACGAUGCACAUACCGGCAUGGGAAUUGUACAAGGGUACACUAUACAGUAUUGGAACGUGAAUACACCAAGUAUUGUGUACUCAGUUAUUGUAGACGAACCUCUCCAUUUGCCAGAUUAUACGGUCCUACUACCUGAAGUGUAUGUGUACUAUUCAUUCGAAGUAGUUGUGAUGGUGAACUAUGAGCACAAAGGUGCAGAUAUGACUGGGACAUCAAGCUCCUCACUUAGCAUUCCAAAAGGCAAGGUACCAGACAUUACUGCAUUUAGUUCAGCUCACAUUGUAGACAGUGGAACUAAAACGGAUAUGCGUGCCUACACAGGCCAGGACGAUGGAGACAACCUCAACGUCAUGUUUGGUAUCGGUUUAUGGGUGAACGACAGCGGGACGCAUUAUGGGGAGAAUGAGUUAGUAAAUCUAGACAACAAUCUAGAGGAUUCUAUAUUCACUUCUGGUACAACUUACUCUGCAUGCACAGCAACAACGAACGCAUUUAGAUGUUGGCUCGAAUUUCCCCCUGAUGUUGGUGUACGCAGAAUUGGUGUAAAAUACAUGUGGACAGAAUUUAAUGGUUACAUUGUUUCAGCGUCAAUGGUGUUUCUAGCAAAAGAAGAUGUGUAUAAGAGACAGCAUACAACCAGUAUCGGUGAAACGCUUGAACUGAUAAUGACAGUUGAUGGUGUUGAAAUUAGCAGCUUACGAUGGAAAAAAGAUGGAGGAUCAAAUAUAAUGGAAUGGGACGGUCUCAGCAUUGUUACCGUUGAAAAUGUUCGGAAAAAAGACGCUGGUAUCUACGAAUGCUACCCGGAAGGACAACGAGAUCAGGGUCAACACGCUAUUGUACGAGUACUUGUUCGAGAAUGCCCUCAAGGAAAGUGGCUGCAUCCUAAUUGUGAAAUCAAUUGCCCUAUAUGCUAUAAUGGAGGCGUGUGUUCUGAUCAAUUCGGAUCUUGCAUCUGUCCGCCGGGCUUCACUGGAGAUAACUGUGAAGAAGCGUGUGGUUAUAACAACUGGGGGCGCGAAUGCAAUAUAAUUUGCAGCUCAAAUAAUCCAGGUUGUCCAAAUGUCAUGUUUUGUCUACCUGAUCCUUUCGGUUGUUCAUGUAUGUCCGGAUAUGGUGACACUGAUUGUAGCCAAGUUUGUGACACUGGAACAACAGACAAAUAUGGACCGGGAUGCCUUCUUGAUUGUCACUGUGACGCUGCUGACUGUCAGCCGUCAGAGGGCUGCAACGAAGGAGUCACUUGUCAUACUGGUUACACUGGCAGCCGUUGUCUAGAAAGAGAUCCGAAUGUCGAAUGUCCCGGUGGCUUCUAUGGCGAACAGUGCACCAAAAUAUGUCACUGUGAAGGCUCAUCAAAUUGUAAUCGAAAUAGUGGAAAUUGCCCAGUUGGUGAUGCUUGUAAAGAAGGAUGGGCUGGGGAAGGCUGCCAACAAG